GUCUAAGGCAGAUAUCAUGUCAUGAGAAAUCUGAAGAGUUAAAUGACGAAAGAUCUAGGGAACUCAAGACAUCUGAAGAGAGCGAGGACGAAUCAUCUGAAGAGAUGGAUGUUGAAAUGAUGUAUGAUGCCCUGCCUGUUCAUCAUGAGAGCUCCAGACCCAGAAGAGCAGAAGCUGAAGUGGAUUAAGAUCUUCCAACUGCAGCAGGCGGACGGAUACUGGGAGUUAACUGUUGAGCUGGGAAAACUGGUCAAUGUCAACGUGGAUGCGUUUGCUAACGUGUUCCUGAAGAACAAAGGCAUUCAUUCUCUGGGUGCGAAGGCCAACACAGGCAUCCGGAGGCUGGUGGCGACUCUGUUGGUUCUGCAGCUGAUGAGGGAGGAGGAGCUGGAGGAAGGAAAACUGCUGCAGAGUUUGUUUAACCUGAAGGAGCCGACUGGGUCCAGGUCUGAGCGCUGGCAGCAGGUGAAGAAGGCAGUGGACUGGGUGCGUUGGGCCGACCGGGAGUAUCCGUGCGCCUGCAGCCGGCUGGAGUUCGGCUGGAGCUGGGAGUCUUCCACCCGCCAGCUGCUGGGCUUCGAACGCUUCCCCCCGUUCUCACCGCUCAUCAGCCUGGAGCUGCAGAAGACCGCAGCGCCGCUGGCCAUCCACUGAGGAAAUGAUGCAACAUUUUCUGAAUGUCAUAUAUCAAUUUGUAUUUUGUUUUGCUUUUUUAUCUGCUUUGGUUUGUGUUUAUGUGCAAAGAGGUGAAGAUAAUCAAAAAUUACAUGACAAAAUAUUUAAAUAUUUUAUCAUUUUAAAACAUGAGAGGAAGGAAGAGAAAGAUUUAUGUUUCAUCCACUUAAAUGAUACAAAUGGAUAAAUAGAAUUAGAAACAAAACCGUUAUUAAUCACAAACUGGAGAACAUAAUUGAUGCCACAAUGUGAACAUCUUCCUCCCUAAUAAAUUCAGAAAUGGUGGAUUGCUUUUAUCUUAAAAACUAACAAGAAUAGAUUAAAAUGUGUUUGAUACUUUUGGAGUUUAAUUCUUGUUGUGUUUUAAAACUAAUUUUUUGGGAGAAAUUAGCUAAUUUUUGAACUCACUUUCAGAUUUUACUUUUAUCUGAAGAUGGCUUAGAUCUCAAAUAUAUAUAUAUUUUCUUUAUCUUUUGUUGUUUUUUAAGGCGGUUUAAGGCGCCUUUGGUUUUACAAACUGCUUUACAUAUAAAAUCAGUAUUCACAUGGAAAUGGUUGCAUGCAUUGGAAAAACAAACAGCAAAAAUAAUCUGAACCUAUUUUCAGUAUCAGUUAAUCUAAAGCAACAUUAUUUUUCACUAUCUAUGACAGUAACCUGUUAAAAUAAAAUUUCAACGGCUCUUUAAGUACUUUAUUCAGUUAUUAUGUCCACAAAAUCAUCCAAAGAAUUCUACGGUGGCUUGUUUUUAUACCCGUGUUUAUUGAAUCUGUAAUCAUUUUUAUUUGACUGAUUAAAGUAAUCUGAAAAUGUUUUUUUUAUUUAAUUCUUUUAUGGCAUUUGGGUAAUGGUCAGAAAAUUAAAUGAACAAAGCCAAAGUUCUGACCAUGAAUUUGUUUCAAUCAUCUCAUCUUGUGAUUCUCUUAUUGAAACUUUGACAUUUUUGAUGAAUGAAUUUAUACAAAUUAACUGUUUUGAAUGUAUUUUUAAUCAACUUACUGUCUUUGUUGACCUAUUCAUAGCAAAAUUCGAAUAAAUUACUAAUAUAGCAA